ACAGAUAGCUAAGGACAGAUAAUCCUGUUUGUCUCCAGAACUGUGGAGGCUGCAGGAAGAACUGGCAAGCUGCAAGAGGCCCUGACUUUUGCCCAUCGGUGUAAGGACGAGCCAUCUCUAUGUUGUUGUCAUUCAGCCCAAUGUCUGGGAUUUGGUUUUGUUUCAUCGUUAAAUAAAGGUGCUUUUCCAAGAAAAGUCAUCGUAAAAUUGGAUUCGGGAAUAGCUUUUUUAUUCCUCUAUGUGGAGACAAGUUUUGCUCUACUUCAGAACUCACAGAUAUCAUGCAGACAACUGUCAAGCAAAGGAGACCCUCCAAAGUGGAGAUGACGAGGAUAUUAAAGCAGCAGAGUGGAUUUUUGAGCCCAUGGGAUCAGAGCGGAUGGAGAUGCGCAAACGGCAGAUGUCUAUGACCCAGGAGACCCCAGGCACUGCACAGACUCAGCACGGCACAGGAAAUCGAGGUUCCAAUGCCUGCUGCUUUUGUUGGUGCUGUUGCUGCAGCUGCUCGUGUCUUACAGUUAGAAAUCAAGAGGAGGAGAGAGCAAGAAGAACAUCUCACGAACUCCAAGCAGAGAGUAUUCCAAACUGUGAGGAAAGCCCUGCCCCUACUCUUGAAGAAGUAAACGCCUGGGCUCAAUCAUUUGACAAGUUGAUGCUUACUCCAGCUGGCAGAAAUGCUUUUCGUGAAUUUCUACGAACAGAAUUCAGCGAGGAAAACAUGCUUUUCUGGAUGGCCUGUGAGGAACUAAAACAAGAAUCCAACAAAAGUGUCAUUGAAGAAAAAGCAAGACUGAUUUAUGAAGAUUAUAUUUCUAUCCUUUCUCCAAAAGAGGUCAGUCUGGACUCCAGAGUAAGAGAAGUUAUUAACAGAAAUAUGCUGGAACCCUCGCAACACACCUUUGAUGACGCACAGCUUCAAAUUUAUACCUUAAUGCACAGAGACUCCUACCCACGGUUUAUGAACUCUGCUAUUUAUAAGGACUUGCUUCGGUCCUUAUCUGAAAAAUCCACCGAAGCAUAGAAUUUUUUCUUAAAUGUAUUUAUUUUGAAACAAACUGAACUCUGGGCUACACCAAUCCACAGGGCAUAUAGAAUUAAUCAGAUAUUUACCUGAAAAUAACUCAGGCAAGUUUUACUACAGACUGAAUGAUUUGAACCUGCACAAGGCUCUGACACAAUCAUCUAACUACAGUUUCUGAUCAAAUUCAGUGUUACUUUGCAAAAGAGAAUGAAGAGAAAACAUUGCUGUUCAAAAAAGGGAGUAUUUUUUCAAAUGAUGCAAGUUACAAUGUAUGUCUGAGAUACAAAUACCAACUGAGCAUGAAAACUAUAUUUUAUUUUCAGGUGGAAUGUUAGAAUUUUCUUGGAAACCAAACCAGUUGCCCCACCCACACUGUGACUCAAGUAAAAACAGUACUGUCAAUACCUGGGUUACACUAGACAAAGUUUCACAUACUGUACCUGGCACAGGUACACUCCACUUGUCUUGGUAUAUUUAAUGCAUAUAUGGUGUGCUAAUGGAAACUGGUAUGGCAAUCUCAAGUUUAUGAAAGCUAAUGGUUGAAAUAAUCCUGCCUAUAAAAAUCUUUUGCUGAAGAAUCGUUAUUUUACUACUGGAGUCUGCUGAAAGCAUUUUUAAGUUCAUACGGUUCAUGUUUAUAAAAGUUAAAUUAUUUACUUAAGACGACGAAGAGUCUGGGCAUUUAAAUUCCAAAAUAAAGCACAAGAGUUCUCA